AAACCUUUGAUGCUCCAUGGUCACGAGAGGUCAAUCACUCAAAUCAAAUAUAAUGCAGAUGGAGAUCUGCUCUUCACUGCCUCCAAAGAUCAAACUCCUAAUGUUUGGUUCUCAGUCAAUGGUGAACGACUGGGCACGUUUGAUGGUCACCAAGGAGCCGUUUGGUCCAUUGAUGUGUCCUAUGAUUCCAAUCGCAUGGUUUCUGGAGCUGCAGAUCGCAGCGUAAAAGUGUGGGACGUGAGCACUGGUGUCUGUAUAAGCUCAGUUAAGGCCAAAUCUUCAAUUCGUGGUGUUAGUUUUUCAUACUCAGGAUCUCUAAUCGCCUACACCACUGACAAGAUGAUGGGACAAGAAUCAGAAGUGCGGAUUACAGACAUACGAGAACGUCAGGAUGUGGAAGACAGCCCCAUGAUGCGUAUGCCCAUCACACCGCAUAUGAUGAAGGGGCUCUCCGUGCUCUGGGGUAGCCUGGACACUGCCAUCGUGACGGGGCAUGAGGACGGAGCCAUUGUCAAGUGGGACGUCAGGACCGGCAAAAACCUUGACCGCCGGUGUGAGCAUUCCGGUCAAAUAGAUGACAUGCAGCUCAAUCACGACGGUUCCCUCCUGAUCACGGCAAGCAAGGACACGACUGCAAGACUCUGGGACCUGGAGACAUUCGAGCCCAUGAAGAAGUACAAGACAGAGCGUCCUGUCAAGAGUGCUGCCAUCUCACCCUUGUUGGAUACUUGCCCGUACGUUGUUCUUGGAGGCGGACAAGAAGCUAUGGAAGUCACCACCACUAGCACACGUGAAGGAAAGUUCGAUGCUCGUUUCUUCCAUCUUGUUUUCGAGGAAGAAUUUGGUCGUGUCAAAGGCCAUUUUGGUCCCAUCAACUCUCUCGCAUUUCAUCCAUCUGGGAAGGGCUAUGCCAGUGGAGGCGAAGAUGGUUACAUUCGUGUCCAUUCAUUUGAUGAUGCCUACUAUCAGUACAAGUUCGAUUAUUGAUGGUUCUAUCAUAUUUCUCACUAAUUGACCUCAUUAUAGAAUUGAUGGUAAA